GCUUUCACCACCAUCCUCAAGUUGCACCCCGCCUCCCCACCCUCGGAGGGCCAUUGGUACAUUCCCGCUGACUCCGAGAGCUUAAAAAAGGGCCCGGGAGGCUAAACCCAGCAGCUUUGGUUCUGAUUUGUGUUUGCAGUGCCAGCUGCGCGAUCCUAGAUACUCUGAGCCGUGCUGGUUGGGGAGGGGUGUCUCUUGAUAUCUUGGCCAGGGAUUUUAAAGCUGUGGCCGUCAAGUGUCUGGGGGUUUUGCGCUUAUAGCUGUCUGGCUGACAGCUAAGGUCCCUCGUCCCCAGUUCCUAGGCUCGCUCAGCUUCUUCGCUGAAGCUCAGCAGUGAAAAAGGCGCGCUGCCACUUUUGCAAAGGAUGGAGCAGACCGAGGUGCUAAAGCCACGGACGCUAGCCGAUCUGAUCCGCAUCCUGCACGAGCUUUUUGCCGGUGAGGAGGUCAAUGUGGAGGAGGUGCAGGCCGUCAUGGAAGCCUAUGAGAGCGACCCCGCCGAGUGGGCAGUGUACGCCAAGUACGACCAGUACAGGUACACCCGAAAUCUUGUGGAUGAAGGAAAUGGAAAAUUUAAUCUAAUGAUUCUAUGUUGGGGUGAAGGACAUGGCAGCAGUAUCCAUGACCACACCAACUCCCACUGCUUUCUGAAGAUGCUGCAGGGAAAUCUAAAGGAGACAUUGUUUGCCUGGCCUGACAAAAAGUCCAAUGAGAUGAACAAGAAGUCGGAAAGAAUCUUGAGGGAAAACCAGUGUGCCUACAUCAAUGAUUCCAUUGGCUUACAUCGAGUAGAAAAUAUUAGCCAUACAGAGCCUGCGGUAAGCCUUCACUUGUACAGUCCACCUUUCGAUUCAUGCCAUGCCUUUGACCAAAGAACAGGACAUAAGAACAAAGUCACCAUGACAUUCUAUAGCAAAUUUGGAACCAGGACUCCAUUUACAACUUCAGGAUCACUGGAGAACAAUUAAGGAGCCCCCAACCCUCUAAGGUCUGCUGAACUUUUGCCUUAGACAGGAAGGCCUCCCACCAUUUCCUGUUCAGUAAUACACUUUACAAAACCAAUACUUAGAUCUCCUGUAAGGCAGAUGCUAAUAAUAAGGCAUUAAAUAAGCAAAUAGUGCCCUGAGCUACAACAGAAGAAAAAUCCCACUAAAAAAAAGAAGGCUUGUGAUUUUAAAGGCCAAAUAAAGUAUUCCCCUGGUUUUAUUCUCUAAAUCCUUUGGAACCAUACAGGGAAUAUCAGUGAAGGUUUUUAUAGCUUUUGGAAACACAUUGUCUCGGAACUGUAAUUAGCAACAAGAAACCACAGACAUCAAAUGCCUGUCUUGUGACUUGGAUAACUAAAUGUAGAUGUCUUUAGUAUACUUUGUAUGUUCUUAAUAUUUGAA